AUGCUUAAAAGAUGCAGCAGCAGCAGGCAUCAAGGUGCAGGGUUAAGCCUGAUCGGAUCAUCGUUCGGAACUCCGAACUCCGCGUGGAGACCAUCCUUGACUGUCUCAAAAUUGACUAAUUUAAAGUCCAGCCGAUUGGAUGAGUUGACCAGCGAGCUCGGAACCAAGUGGCAGACGAAUAAUAUUCGAAUCAAGCCAUAUGCUGCCAUGGCUGGUACACAUCCCAGCAUUGAUUGCAUCCGCCGUCUACAAGAACAGCAUCCUGAAAGGAUGAAGAAGUUCGACGAGAUAACCAAGAUCGAAAUCCUUCUCGGCGAAGCUGCGUUUCAUCACGGAGGCUGGAAAGCUGAAAUACCUCUCACAGCAACUGGUGCCCAGAUGAGCAACUCAUUCACUACAGCAUUGCAGAUUGUUCAUCGAAAAGUCUUGAUGGCACAGUUUACUCCCAAUAUGAUUAAUGAUGAGCGCGUCUGGAGACUUGUUGACUUGACCGAGUGUAAAUUGCAUAUUACUGACGGCGACUCGAUUGGCUGUCAAGAGGUACGAAUUGAGUUCCAAGACGGGACCGCCCUGCAUCACGCGGUGCCGAAUGGGUAUGGCGUCGACCCGCCCCUCUCUAAUGAAGACAUCGUGGGUAAAUGGAGAGAACUCACUAAAGGCAUUGUUGAGAGUGAGGUACUGUACAAGAUUGAGGAGAUAGUGCUUUCUUUGGAGGAACUGGAUGAUCUUUCAACACUUUGUGAUCUGCUUGGUCAAAUCUCAAAAAGUCCGCUAGCUGAAUAG